GUACUUCUAGCAGAAGUUUUACUGUUGGUUUAAUUUCGCGAAGUGAUUCACGUUUUCAUCAAACUCAAACUUGAUUCGCGUAAUUAGCGACUAAAAUCAGAUAACGGAGCUAGUUGUACGGAAACCAUACGGAAACAGAUGAUUUGAUCCACAUCUAAUCAAUCAAGUAACGUAUUUGCUGUCCGAAGGUGUUGAAACGCACGGUGAACCGGCUUCUUUUAAAUUGAAAUUAGUAAUUUCAUUUUAUUUUAUUCGUUUCUAUAUAAAAUUAAAUAAUUUUCACCAACGAUACGGUUGUUGUGACAAAUCCGCUACAGUUUUUUUUGUAUAAUUCAAGAAAAAUGACAUUUACAAUGACAACGAUACUCAGAAGCAUGAAUUUCGCUUUGAAAAAGUCCUCCUGUAGAGGUAUCGCAUCCAUAUCAUCAUUAUCAGAAACACAUCAAAUGCUUUACAAGAUGUGUAGGGAUUUUACUGAAAGCGAAUUGAAACCAAACGCCGCUAAAUUCGACAAAGAGCAUCUAUUUCCAGCCGAACAGAUAAGAAAAAUGGGAGAAUUGGGAUUGUUAGCGGUCGAAAUUCCUUCAGAAUUAGGCGGGUCUGGUUUAGACUAUUUAGCUUAUGCUAUUGCGAUGGAAGAAAUUUCACGUGGUUGCGCGUCCGCCGGAGUUAUUAUGAGCGUUAAUAAUUCACUUUAUUUAGGGCCUAUUUAUAAAUUCGGUAAUGACAAGCAAAAAGAAGAAUUUAUUCGUCCCUUCACCAAUGGACAAAAAAUCGGCUGUUUUGCUCUCAGCGAACCAGGUAAUGGUAGUGAUGCUGGCGCUGCAUCUACUACAGCCACUCUAAAAGGUAGUGAUUACGUAUUAAACGGCGCCAAGUGCUGGAUUACGAAUGGUUAUGAAUCAGAAGCAGCUGUUGUUUUUGCCACUACAGAUAAAUCGAAAAAACAUAAAGGAAUUAGUGCUUUUCUCAUCAAUAAACCGUGUCCAGGUUUAACAUUAGGAAAAAAAGAAGAUAAAUUAGGUAUCAGAGGCUCAUCAACAUGUACAUUAAACUUCGAAGACUGUCCAGUUAGUGCGGAAAAUAUCUUAGGAGAACCUGGGAUGGGAUUCAAAAUAGCAAUGAUGACGCUAGAUGCUGGUAGAAUUGGUAUAGCUUCUCAGGCUUUAGGUAUUGCUCAAGCUUCGUUAGACGUAGCUAUAGAUUAUGCUUCCCAGAGAAAAGCAUUCGGAGCCAGUAUACUCAAAUUACAAGCUAUUCAGAGUAAAAUUGCCGAUAUGGCCUUACGCCUCGAAAGUGCAAGAUUACUGACUUGGAGAGCGGCCUACCUGAAGGAUAAAAAGCAACCAUUCACCAAGGAAGCUGCCAUGGCCAAAUUGGCUGCAUCUGAAGCAGCUACUUUCAAUUCUCAUCAGUGUAUUCAAAUAUUAGGCGGUAUGGGUUAUGUUUCUGAUAUGCCUGCUGAACGUCAUUACCGUGAUGCCAGAAUCACCGAAAUAUACGAAGGUACCUCGGAAAUUCAACGUCUUGUCAUUGCAAGCAAUAUAAUCAAGCAAUACAAUGUUCAAUUAUAAAUUCUGUCAUUUUUGAUUAUAAAUAGUAUCUCUGGGUUUGAAAUGGGUGCUUUCAGUAUUCGUGUAUCAGUAUUUAUUAUAGAUGUGAAAGCAAUAUAAUGCUGUUCUGGUUUAAACGUACCAUAAAAAUGUAAUACUUUUUUCGUAGGUUCAUGUUUGUCUGUCUCAAAUAUAUGUAUGUAGUAUUGUAAAACGUAAUUUUUUCGUAUGCAAAGCUGAAUUGUUGUUGAAUUGGAUAUGUUAAUAUAGUAUUGGUGAAUGCUGAA